UCAUAAAUAAUUAAAAUGUCUUGCUAUGCCUCACAAAUGUAAAAAAAAAAUAAAUUAAAACGUAAUGUGAUUUAAAAAUUACUUAAAUUAAAACUGUGUUUGUUUACAUAAAACGAAAAUAAAAUGGGUUUAGUUGAUUUUGAUGUGGCGGAAUUUUGUAAAAAAUUACGAUUAGAUCGACAACCACCUUAUCAAUGUCCAAUAGAAAAAUGUGAAAGAACUUAUCGAUCGACAUGUGGUUUACAAUAUCAUUUACAGAACUUUGAUCAUGAUAAUCCACAAUCACAAACCUUAUCACCAGUAACACCGCGUCAUAAAAAAGGUCGAGCUCGACCGGCUGUACCGACUGCCGAUCUAGUGAGUCCGAUACGUGAAGCUCUUACUUAUGCAGAAGCACAAAAAAUGGUACAAUUUGAAGUUGAUACAAAAGCUAUUCGUGUAAAUAUCACUGAUGAGUUACCGUUAAUUUCGAGUGAAGAUUGGGAAGGUCCUACACCCACACUCCAAGCGGAUCAAGCUACACAAGAAGCAUUGGCGAAACUACCGGAACCAUCGUAUAAAGAGCUACCGGAUUAUAAUAUAUGUGAUGCACCGCCUAGACCGAAUGCGUAUAUUCGUUUUAUUGAGAAAUCCGCGGAGGAGUUAGAUGGCGAAGUUGAGUAUGAUGUCGAUGAAGAAGAUACUGCAUGGCUAUCGAUUAUGAAUGAAAAACGUGAAUCACAAGGUACAAAUCCUGUUUCGGUGGAUACUCUUGAACUGUUAAUGGAUCGUCUGGAAAAAGAAUCAUAUUUUCAAGCAUCGGCAAAUGGUCAAUCUAGUGGGGCUGUUGUCGAUGAUGAUGCCGUGUGUUGCAUCUGUAUGGAUGGCGAAUGCCAGAAUACAAAUGUUAUACUAUUUUGUGAUAUGUGUAAUUUAGCUGUUCAUCAAGAUUGUUAUGGUGUACCGUAUAUACCAGAGGGACAAUGGUUAUGUAGAAGAUGUUUACAAUCACCAAGUCGUGCUGUGGAUUGUGUGUUAUGUCCAAAUCAUGGUGGAGCAUUUAAACAAACGGAUCGUGGACAAUGGGCGCAUGUUGUUUGUGCAUUAUGGAUACCUGAAGUUCGAUUUGCAAAUACAGUAUUUUUGGAACCAAUUGAUUCAAUUGAAACAAUACCUCCAGCACGAUGGAAGUUAACAUGCUACGUAUGCAAACAACGAGGUGUUGGAGCUUGUAUCCAAUGUCACAAAACAAAUUGUUAUGCAGCGUUUCAUGUCACGUGCGCUCAACAAGCUGGUUUAUUCAUGAAAAUGGAUACAGUACGUAAUGACAACGCAACGGAUACUCAACCUCCCGUUUUGGUACAGAAGACAGCUUUUUGUGAUUCUCACACACCUGCUGAAAGUGGAAGAGAAGAUUUUCGACAAAAAAUGAAACAAGCACGUAAAGUAUUAGCAAAAAAACGUACAUCUGCGCCAGUAAUUUUAAUUCCAACUAUACCCCCAGAACGGAUUCAAGAAAUUAGUUCAUUGGUCAGUCUAUCAAAGAAAAAUCAAUUUAUCCAACGUUUAAUCGCAUAUUGGACGCUAAAACGACAAUUUCGUAAUGGUGUACCAUUACUUCGUCGUCUACAAUCCUCUGCACAGGGUAAUAAUCGCGAUUCAAGUGGAAUAUCUCAAUCUCAAGUGGACACAAUCGAAUUAUGUCGACAAUUAAAAUAUUGGCAAUGUUUACGACAAGAUUUAGAACGAGCUCGUUUACUUUGUGAGUUAGUUCGAAAAAGGGAAAAAUUAAAAUUGGAAUUAGUGAAACAAAAAGAACGAUGUAUGAUUGUUGAAUUACGUCCGCUCGAAGCAAGCAUGCGUCGUUUAUUGGAUAUGAUUGCUGCAAAAGAUGAUCGGGAAAUAUUUUUGGAGCCUGUGGAUCCAGUUGAAGUGCCAGAUUAUAGUACUGUGGUGACAAAUCCUAUGGAUUUAAGUACAAUGCGAGAAAAAUUAGACGAAGGAGCUUAUACAAAUUUGGAUUUAAUGGAAAAAGAUUUUCAAUUAAUGAUUUCAAAUUGUUUGGCAUACAACAACAAGGAUACCGUAUUUUAUAAAGCUGGAAUAAAAAUGAGGGAUGCUGGUAAUGCAUUGUUUGCGCAGGCGCGAAAAGAAUUUAAAGAGUCAGGUUUAUUACCAGAACCUGAACAAAAAUCAGAAAAAUCGAAUGAUAAACGUAAAGAAGACGAUUCAACAAUCUCACAAGAAAUUGAGAAAGAAUUAGAAGAAUUAAAGAAUAAUACAAAAGAUGCAAAAUUAAUAACAAAAUUGGAAGAACUUUUGAAAAAAUGUCAAGGAUUAAAGCAUGCCGGUUCACGAGCUAAACGUGUUCGAUUAAUAAAAGCAGAAAUAGUUCGAGCAAAAAGACAUAUAUCCACGAUCAGUGAUACAUCUCAAUCCAGCAGUGAAGUUGUUACUCCCGUUGCGGAAAAAAAUACACCAAACAAUAGUAUCGUAACAAAUAAUAAUAACAAUAGCGCUUCACCAACGGGCGGUGUAAAUCGUCGAACCGCUGUAUUAUUUACACGAAAAGCACAAGCGGCAUUAAAAAAACCAAGUUCACCACCAAAAGUCGAGACAACUGGCAAACAACGUCGGCGUGUAGGACGACCCAGACGUGUGGAUGGUCAGGGUCCUGGUAGUGCGGAGAAAUUAACUACAAUACCAGAUAGUUUUCGUGUGUAUCGUGGUGUUAAUCAAGGUUCCGAUGAUGAUGAUUCUGAUUCCGGUCAAAGUUGUUCCACUUGUUAUGAUUCGUAUUUGUCUUGUUCUGAUAGUACAUUAUCAGAAACUGAACAUUCAGCAAGUACAGAUAACGAAACGAGUGGAGUAAAAUCCGAUAAAACCACAAAACAGAGUGCAGAAUUUAAACCAUUACAAUUGGUAUGGGCUAAAUGUCGUGGAUAUCCUUGGUAUCCAGCACUUAUUAUAUCACCAGAUAUGCCUCGUGGCUAUGUACAUCGUGGUGUACCAAUUCCAGCGCCACCACAAGAUGUUUUAGCUUUAGAGAAAAAUCAUCAAAAGCCUGUAUAUUUGGUACUGUUCUUUGAUGCGAAACGUACAUGGCAAUGGUUACCACCAGAUAAACUAGAAUUGCUUGGUGAAGAUUCUCAACGUGAUCAAGCUAAAGUAACCGAACCAAGAAAACCAACUGAUCGUAAAGCAGUACGUCGUGCUUUUCAGCAUGCGUUGUUACAUCAGUGUCAAGUUUCUGAACCACCUGGCCCCGAUGCGAUUAUGUAAUUUUUUAAUUAAAUCUUCGAUUUAUGUUUUUAAAAUUAUUUUUUUUACACGAACGAUGUAAAAUAAUUCAGUACUUCAUUAAUUUUAAGCUUUAAUUUUUGCAAAAGAUAAUGCUUUUAAUAAGAAAACAAUAAACGUGUUUACUGGUCGUUUAGUUGUGAUUAGCGCCGACGAAACAUAAAUUCGCGCCUUGUUCGCGAGUCUAAUUAAAAUUUGCACCAGAUAUUUGUGCUCUUCCUUCGUGGCGGCGUAUAAUAUUAUACAUCCAUAAAAAUCAUUUAACGACUAGGCGGACAGUUUUCGAGAGAGUGUCGAAAAUUCACUCAAAGUAAGGGACUUCGUAGGAUAUUUAGGGCGAUACCAAGGAAAUAUUCAAUCUGUCGUCAAAUGAACUCAAUUUCUGUAUUUCUUGGGUCCUAAUUUCUUUAUAUCCCAAGUUUUAU